AUGGAGAUUCCUGUCAUUGAACCUAUGAAACUGCACGCAAGUCCAUCAGAAAUCGAAGAGUGGGUAGAACGUUUCGAAUUAUGGUGCAACAUCCCGAAAGAAGGAAUGCAAAAUCACUCGGUCGUAUUUUUGACGUUGAGCGGCCGACAGCUGCAUUCCCUGGUGAAGAAUCUAACGUUUUCCAAUGUUCCUCCUGAAUUGCCGUUCGAGAAGUUGAAAUCCUUGUUGCGGGACCACAAUCACCCAGUGGAUUGUCAGGCCACCGAACGGACCAAAUUCACCUCAAUGAACAAAGCAGGCAACAUGCCUUAA